AUGUCCUCUCAAGAUCUGGACCCGAAACAAUCCACUGACCCCGAAACCCUUAACGAGCCAGAACCCAAGCAACCCCCAAAUGAAGAAUCAGAAGCUGGAGGAGGAGGAGGAGAAGAAGAAGAAGAUGAAGAAGGGGAGUGCGGGUUUUGCUUGUUCAUGAAAGCAGGAGGAUGCAAAGAGAGCUUUAUUGGGUGGGAGAAUUGCAUCCGAGAAGCUGAAGAAAACAAGGAAGACAUUGUGGAAAAAUGCUUUGAAGCAACUGCAGCUUUGAAGAAGUGUAUGGAGGCUCACUCCGAUUACUACGAGCCGAUUUUACGAGCCGAGAGAAAGGCAGAGGAACAGGCUAUUAUUGAAUUGGAGAAAGAAAAGGAGGAGAUGGAUUUGGGGUCUCAGGAAGAUUCCAAGGAUUUGCAGAAGAAAUCAGAAGGGCAUAGAUAUAUGCUUAUAGUGAAGAUUAUCUUUUAUGGGAUUUGA